AUGACUUUAGCAACCAUCUUUACGUUCGUGUUCUAUCUCUUAAUCCUAGUAACCAAUGUUGUUGUUUCGGUGGAUUACAAGUCAGCUCUUACCAAAUCUUUGUUGUACUAUGAAGCUCAACGAUCCGGAAGACUACCGGCCAACCAGCGUGUCCAAUGGCGAGGCGACUCCGGCCUCAACGACGGCAAAGACUCCGGUGUGGAUUUAGUAGGAGGAUACUAUGAUGCGGGUGACAACGUUAAAUUUGGAUUUCCAAUGGCAUUUACGAUAACAAUGCUUAGUUGGGGGGUGGUGGAUUUCGGGGAACAUUUAGGAGUCACCGGAGAACGGGGAAAUGCCCUGGCGGCUAUCAAAUGGGGAACCGACUACUUGAUAAAAGCUCAUCCCCAACCCGAUGUUCUGUACGGUCAAGUCGGAGAGGGUAACGCCGAUCAUCAGUGCUGGCAACGACCGGAAGACAUGACCACGCCCCGAACUUCCUACCGGAUUGAUGAUCAGCAUCCAGGAGCUGAUCUCGCCGGAGAGACUGCGGCGGCUUUCGCUGCUGCUUCCAUGGCUUUCAGGAAUUCAGACCCCACGUAUUCUUCCCGACUCCUCGAUAACGGCAAACAGGUGUUCAAUUUUGCCCGGACGCAUCCAGGCCGUUACCAGGACAGUAUAACAGAUGCUGGCCAAUUCUAUCCAAGCAGUGGAUACGAAGAUGAACUAUUGUGGGCUGCAGCCUGGUUAGAAAAAGCUAGUGGAGACCAAACUUACACCCAAUAUCUCAACCAAGCCUCAAACAUAGGUGGCACCAGAUCAAUGUUCUCCUGGGAUGACAAAUUUGUUGGAGCCCAAACCCUCGUCGCAAAGAGUUUGGUGGAGGGGAGAUCAAGCGAUGGAAACCUAGGGCAAUACAAGAACAAUGCGGAGCAAUUCAUUUGCAAUUGUGUCCAAAAGGGCAGCAAAAACAUUGGCAGGACUGGAAGAGGACUUCUAUGGUGGAAUGGUUUUAAUAACCUCCAAUACACCACAGCCGCAGUGUACAUCAUUACAACUUAUGCAGAUAGUCUUUUCAAAACCAAAAACACUCUCAAUUGCACCUCGGGUUCCGUUACUCCAGACUCUUUACUAGCAUUCGCCAAAUCUCAGGUGGAUUACAUUUUAGGAUCGAACCCGAGAAGUUUAAGUUACAUGGUUGGAUACGGGACGAAUUAUCCGCAAAGAGUACACCAUCGAGGAGCAUCCAUCGUGUCGAUUAAGAGGGAUAGUACGCCGGUGUCUUGCCAACAAGGGUUUUCAGAUUGGUUCAACCGGGAUGCACCAAAUCCAAACGUCAUAGAAGGUGCAAUUGUUGGAGGACCUGACCAAAGCGACAACUAUGACGACUCAAGAGGCAACUAUCAACAAAAUGAACCUGCCACCGCCAAUACCGCUCCUCUUGUUGGACCUUUAGCAUAUUUUUCCGCUUGA